AUGCCGUUUGGAUUAGCUAAUGCCCCUGCCAUAUUUCAGCAUUGGAUCAAUGAUAUUCUACGUCCCUACCUCGAUCAAUUCGUAACGGCAUAUUUAGACGAUAUCCUUAUCUAUUCCGAGACCCUAUCAGAACAUAAAGAACAUAUUCAAAGGGUUCUAAAGGUACUUGAUAAGAAUCAUGUUCACCUUAAACCUGAAAAAUGUGAAUUUAUGGUUCAGGAAACAAAAUACCUUGGUCUAAUCCUUACUCCGGAUGGGAAUAGAAUGGACCCAAAGAAAGUUGUCGAUGUUUUGGAAUGGACCACACCGACAAACCUUCGUGAUGUUCAAGUAUUUUUAGGAUUUGCAAAUUUCUAUCGACGAUUUAUUCUAGGAUAUUCAAAAAUUGUUGCUCCACUUACAGCUUUAACAAAGAAAAACGUUAAAUUUGAAUGGACGAAUGAAAGGGAGGAAGCAUUUCAAACUUUAAAAAAAAUGUUUACAACGGCACCAAUACUAACUCAUUUUAAUCCGGAUCGAAAAAUUGUAAUAGAAACCGAUGCAUCCGACUAUGUUUCAGCAGGAAUCCUAUCUCAACGUGACAACGAAGGAAUCCUACAUCCAGUCGCUUUCUUUUCCAAGAAACAUUCUCCUGCAGAAUGCAACUACGAAAUCUAUGAUAAAGAACUUUUAGCAAUUAUACGAUGUUUCGAAGAAUGGCGACAUCACCUGGAGGGAGCUCAAUUUCCAAUUGAAGUUCUUAGCGACCAUCGGAAUCUUGAAUAUUUUAUGACAACAAAAUUGUUAAAUCGUCGACAAGCCCGUUGGUCUGAAUUUCUUUCACGCUUCGAUUUCGUUAUACAAUUUCGGCCAGGAAAACAAGGAACAAAACCAGAUGCAUUGACUAGGAGGUCAGGUGACCUACCUAAAGAGGGGGAUGAAAGGUUGACGCAUCAGAGUCAAGUGAUUCUGAAGCGAAAAAAUUUGGAUAUUAAGCUAAAGGAGUUAUUUUCAAAAGCUUACCAAGUAGAUAGUUUUCCAAACAAGGUCCUCAAUAUGCUUCGGAAUGGCAUACGUCACUCAAAUAAAAUCUCGCUUGCCGAAUGUACGGAAGAUAACAACGGUCGGCUGCUUUAUCGAGGCAUGCUAUAUGUACCAGACGACGAUGACCUUCGACUAAGGCUUUUAAAAGAAUACCAUGAUAAACCAUCUGCAGGACAUCCGGGUAGAGCGAAGACUCUAGAGCUUCUAAGUCGAGAAUACUAUUGGCCACAGAUGCGGAAGUUCGUCGAUCAGUAUAUUAGGAAUUGCAAUGUGUGCACCUGUAGCAAGGCAUCACACAAUGCACCUUAUGGAGUACUUCGCCCCAUGCCAAUUCCCGAUGGACCCUGGACAGAUGUCUCGAUGGAUUUUGUGACUGAUCUUCCUGAGAGUGAUGGGUAUAAUCCGAUUUUGGUCGUGGUGGAUAGACUAACCAAAAUGCGGCAUCUAAUACCAACGACCAAAGAGGCAGAUUCAAAGGAAGUAGCGAAGCUAUAUAUCGAUCAUGUUUGGAAGCUGCAUGGACUACCAGAUACCAUUGUAUCUGAUCGAGGAACACAGUUCGUUGCAGAAUUCUGGAAGUCGCUUUGUAAUCGGUUGGAAAUAUCACCAAAAUUCUCUACUGCAUUUCACCCCCAAACAGAUGGACAAACGGAAAGAAUCAAUGCCGUAAUGGAACAGUACCUCCGAAGUUAUGUUUCCUACCAACAAGAUGAUUGGGCUCGAAUGCUACCAAUGGCCGAAUUUGCGACAAACAACCAUGCUUCCGAAACAACAAAGGUCUCCCCGUUCUAUGCCAAUUCGGGAAGAAAUCCAAGAAUGACUUUUGGCCCUUUGGAACAUGGUCGAACAACAGCUGAGGAUCAAGCGAACCGUAUUGCAAGAGAAAUGAAGGAUGUAAUAGAUUUCCUAAGAGAAGAGAUGUUUCGAGCGCAAAGGAUACAAGAAGAAUCAGCCAACAAGAAUCGAACUCCAGCUCCUCGGUACCAUUUAGGAGAUAAAGUUUUCCUAUCGACUCGUCAUAUUCUAACCAAACGACCUUCCAAGAAAUUCGACUGGAAACGUAUUGGACCUUAUAGUGUUAAGCGCAUUGUUAAUCCCUACGCUUACGAGUUGGAACUUCCCCGGUCAAUGAAAAUUCACCCAGUAUUUCAUGUUUCAUUACUGUCACCUGAUGCGAAUGAUCCCUUACCGGGACAACAACAGUUACCACCACCUCCGGUUGAGAUCGAAGGAGAAGAAGAAUGGGAAGCCGAAAAUAUUUUGGAUUCGAGGAAACGAAGAGGAAGGUUUGAGUAUUUGGUACGAUAUAGAGGAUAUGAUGAAGCCUCCUGGCAACCACUAUCGGACCUUGAGCAUUCACCUGAUAUUGUUAAACGAUUCCAUGAGCGUUAUCCAGGGAAGCCUAAGCCUACCAGGAGGUAG